AUGCAGAUGACCAGCUUCACCGCCAUCCUGGCCUUGGCCAUGUCCGUUGCCGCCGUCGCACCCGUUGCCCAGAAGACCAACAUGGGGUUGACCAACUCUGCCGCCAUGAGUUAUGCGAAGGGCCAGUGCAGCUCCGGCGACAUUGCUUGCUGUGACUCUAAGGAGGUCAUCAGCGGUGACGGCAUUCUCGGCAACCUCCUCGCCAAGGGUGCCCUGAACGGCCUCCUCGGCAACGACGAUGCCGCCUGCGCUAAGACCAGCGCUCUCGACGAUCUCAAUGUCCUAGCCUCCACCAAGGACACUAACUCCGGCCCCGUCUGCAAGAACAUCAUUGCAUGCUGCCCCGAGGGCACUGGCAAGUGUACCGCCAUCGACGGCGCCGCUUAG